AUGACUACAGUAAUUUCAAGAAUUGAAGCGAUAAUUAAUACUCGUCCGUUGACAAAAGUAAGUGCAACGGAUCUUGAUGAAAUACCGAUAAGACCUAUCGAUUUCCUACAAGGAAAUCUAAAGUACUCUAUUCCAAGCACGCAGUUACAGUGCGGUAAUGGCGAUACAGUAUAUGAUCCCGAGUUGCUUCAGACAGUUGCGCAAGCACAGGAAGCAUUAAUGUUUUCGGAAACGAUCGCUACAGUAUUUUGGGAGCGAUGGAACAAAGAGUAUCUUACAUCCUUGAGAGAUAACCAGAGAGUGCUACUAAAACAACCGCGGCAUGUGACAAAUACCCCGCAAAUUGAAGAAAUUGUACAUAUUGAGUAA